AUCCACCAAUCCAGUCAUUCGUCCGCUGACGUUAGUUGUAUCUAGAAGUCAAAAUGACAAAGUGUCUGUGAUCUCCGUGUUGUCAAGUGAAAAGUGACAUGCACCCCCAAAACAUAUCAUCACCACAAAAACAAACCAACUAACCCUCCAAGUCUCGCUACCACUAACCACCCUCCAACCUCUCGUCCUACCCGACUAUGGUCAUCCCUUCUUGUCGAUCAAGAUGACUCCUCAAUGUAACGUGAACCUUCAUUACACAAAACAACCCCUUCUGACCCACGAAACACCUGUGAUAUUCUCGAGCGGCGCCUCCCGGAAAUCCAAGACGAAAGGCAAGUGCAAGAACAAAAUCAAGUGCGUUAUCGUCGGAGACAAAGAAGUCGGGAAAACGGCACUGGCGGUGUCCUACAGUAACGACAGCUUUCCCAGCGAGUAUGUCCCGACAGCCUACGACAAUUACAACGUCGAGGUACAGGUGGACGGAAAGCCAAUUAGACUGGAUCUCUGCGAUACAGCUGGCGAGGACGAUUUAAUCCCUCUACGUAACCUCUGCUACCCCGGCGCCGACGUCUUCAUCCUCUGCUUUUCCGUGGUAAAACCCUCUUCUUUCCAUUCCGCAUGCACCCGCUGGGCCGAAGAACUGACAAGACUCGGAGCCGCCGCGGUCCUAGUGGGAACCCAAAGUGAUCUUCGCGAAAACGCCGAUAUUCUUCACGGUCUAAGAAUGCGCCGACAACGUCCAGUAUCUCCGUCCGAAGCCUCCGACCUAGCGGAAAGGCUCAACGCGCCCUACGUCGAGACGUCAGCCAAGGACUGUUAUCAUUUAAAGGAAGCUUUCGAUCUGGCCAUCACUCUGGCUUUGAGGAACCGCAAGAAAAAGAAACUCUGGCGGAAGCUUUGUUGUUUUUAAUUGUAUUUGAAACAUGCGUUAAAGACAUUCCACUGGUUUGUGGCGAGUUGUCAGAAGCUGGGUUCUCUCUUUUUAGUAUUACGUGAGCAUGGCAUGUUCUUCCACUUUGUGAUAGUAUCGUUAUGUCAAAUUAGUAUAAUUAGUGGUUAUCUUUAAAGUGUAUUUUAUUUUAUUGGCACUGCAUGGUCAUGGGCCAUGGUGGACUCAAUUAAAACGCUCAAAUUUUAUCAUUGGUUGAAUUCGCCAGAAUAGGAUCAAUAUCAAUACAUCAGCAGUCUUAGGUUGAUACUCUUAUUUUUAAUUCAUAGAUGUAGGAUAUAUUUAAAAGAAUAUGGCAACUGAAAGUGUUACAUUAAUGAAAGUGUUUUAAAUUAAAACAUUUAUUUAUUAAA